CUUUUAAGCUAAUUGGGUUUUCAGUGAAAAAAUUGACAUUUGAAAUUUUCAAUUGAAUGGGGUUUCCUUGUUUUUUUUUUUUUCAAAGCAUUUUAGUGUAUUGGGUUUUUGUUGAGAAUUUGGGUUUUUGUUGAUAUUUUCAGUUAAUUGAGUUUCCAUAUUCAGAGCUUAUUACCUUGGGGCAAAAAAAGGACUGUGCUUCUGUGAGGAUGAAGAGUAGCGAGCGACUAGCAAAUCUUGCUUUAGCAGGUUUGAGUUUGGCACCACUGGUCGUGAAUGUGGACCCAAAUUUAAGUGUCGUAUUAACAGCUUGCCUCACUGUUUUUGUGGGUUGCUACCGUUCUGUUAAGCCAACUCCACCUUCGGAGACAAUGUCUAACGAACAUGCAAUGAGAUUCCCCUUGGUUGGAAGCGCAAUGCUCUUGUCGUUGUUCUUGCUCUUUAAGUUCCUCUCAAAAGACCUGGUUAAUGCUGUAUUGACGUGCUACUUUUUUGUGCUUGGCAUUGCUGCUCUUUCUGCAACACUGUUACCUGCUAUCAAACGAUUCUUGCCAAAAAAGUGGAAUGAAGAUCUCAUAAUAUGGCGCUUCCCAAUCCCAUAUUUCAACUCUUUGGAGGUCGAGUUCACAAGGUCCCAGAUUGUUGCUGCAAUCCCUGGAACUAUCUUCUGUGUAUGGUAUGCUAAACAGAAGCAUUGGCUAGCUAACAAUGUAUUGGGACUUGCAUUUUGUAUUCAGGGGAUUGAAAUGCUUUCUCUUGGGUCAUUUAAGACCGGCGCCAUACUAUUGGCUGGACUUUUUGUGUACGACAUCUUCUGGGUCUUUUUUACCCCAGUGAUGGUUAGCGUUGCUAAAUCUUUUGAUGCUCCUAUCAAGCUUUUGUUCCCAACAGCAGAUUUGAAACGUCCCUUUUCAAUGCUUGGUCUUGGAGAUAUUGUAAUUCCCGGCAUUUUUGUGGCAUUGGCACUCCGCUUUGACGUCUCCAGGGGGAAAGAGCCUCAAUACUUCAAAAGUGCAUUUUUGGGAUACGCAGUUGGUGUGGUUUCAACAAUUAUUGUUAUGAACUGGUUUCAAGCGGCACAGCCUGCAUUGUUAUAUAUUGUUCCAGCUGUAAUAGGAUUUUUGGCUGUGCAUUGCGUUUGGAAUGGGGAUGUGAAGCCGUUGUUGGAGUUCGACGAGUCAAAAUCACAGAGCACUGAAGAAGUCUCCGCGGAAGAGAGCAAGAAAGUAGAAUGAGGCUAAAAAGACAGACAGAGUAGGAUUAUGACCUUCCAACUGCAGAAAUUGUUGGUUAAGGAAGAACUUUUUGUUGUACUAGAAUCUUGUUAGUGACAAUUGAUUAGACUGGCUUCAUAUGUUAUUACUCAAACCAAUAUUUCCAUUGUCAAUUAUAAACAUUUUCCCCCCUAUUCCAUGAUA